GAGUUUUGCUCCUUUUCUUCUCAUCGGGUGCUUUCUCCUCACCCGUUUGGGGAGCUGUGCUCGAGUGCCAGCUGAUGGCUUUUGUAAUGCUCGUCCUUGCUCAGAUCACUUUAACAUCCCGGCUAGAUGAAGCAAAGGAGAUAGAGCCCUUCAGUUGUUUGAUUGCUUGGAAUGGAAGGGGAGCAGCCAGCAGGGACCGUGCCAGGCAAGAGCACCAAAACCUCCAGUGCAGCCCGUGGGAAGGGCAGGGAGCCCUUGCAGGACUCCUCCAUGGCCAUGGAAGUGGAAAACGAAGGCACCAGGGAGCCCGAUCAGGAACCUCCCCAAGCAGCCUCAGAUGAGGUGGUGGAUAAUCGAAGUUUAGAAGAGAUUUUGGGUAGCAUCCCUCCUCCCCCACCUCCGGCAAUGACCAGUGAACCUGGUGCUCCUCGCCUCAUGAUCACCCACAUUGUAAACCAGAACUUCAAAUCCUAUGCAGGGGAGAAAACUCUGGGACCUUUUCACAAGCGUUUCUCGUGCAUUAUUGGGCCGAACGGCAGCGGCAAAUCCAACAUCAUCGAUUCCCUGCUGUUCGUGUUCGGCUACCGAGCCCAAAAAAUCCGAUCCAAAAAGCUCUCGGUGCUGAUCCACAGCUCUGAUGAGCACAAGGACAUCCCCAGCUGCUCUGUGGAAGUUCACUUCCAAAAGAUCACUGACAAGGAAGGAGAUGAUUACGAAGUCAUUCCUGACAGCAAAUUCUGUGUCUCUAGAACUGCCUAUAGAGACAAUUCCUCCACCUACUACAUCAAUGGCAAGAAAAAGACAUUCAGAGAUGUUGGGGUGCUCCUCCGAAGCCACGGCAUCGACCUGGAUCACAACAGGUUCUUAAUUCUCCAGGGGGAGGUGGAGCAGAUUGCCAUGAUGAAGCCCAAGGGGCAGACGGAGCACGACGAGGGGAUGCUGGAGUACCUGGAGGAUCUGAUCGGAUCCGCGCGGCUCAAGGAGCCCAUCCACACCCUGUGCCGCCGGGUGGAGCUGCUCAACGAGCAGCGCGGCGAGAAGUUAAAUCGAGUUAAACUGGUGGAGAAAGAAAAAGAUGCCUUGGAAGAGGACAAGAAUAAAGCCAUUGAGUUCCUCUGCUUGGAAAACCAAAUAUUUAAGGAAAAGAAUCAGAUGUGUCAAUAUUACAUCCAUGACCUAAAGAAACGAAUCAAUGACCUGGAAAUGCAGAAGGAGAAAAUUAAUGAAGAAACCAAAAGUAUUAAUGAGAAAAGCAGUAAACUUGCAGAGGAAACAAAAACCAAGAACAAAGCUUUGAAAGAACUUGAAAAGAAAUGCAAUAAAAUUACAAAGUUCAUAGAGGAAAAUAAAGAAAAAUUCACCCAGUUGGAUUUGCAGGAUGUGAAAGUGAGGGAGAAACUCAAACAUGCCAAGAGCAAGGCUAAAAAACUGGAGAAGCAGCUUCAAAAGGACAAGGAAAAGGUGGAGGAGCUGCAGAACGUCCCCUCCACGAGCGCCAAGGCCAUCGAGGACGCCACGGCCAAGAAGGAGCUGCUGGCAAAGGCCAAGGACAAGGAGGAGGCCAAGCUCAGGCAGGUCCUGGCCAGCCUGCAGGAGGAGACCAAGGGAAUCCAGAAGGAAAAAGAGGGCAAGGAGAAGGAGCUGAUGGAGUUCAGCAAGGAGGUGACCGAGAGCCGCUCCAGCAUGGAGAUAGCACAGGCAGAGCUGGAGCUCUACCUGAGCAAGUACAACUCUGCCCUGGCCCAGCUCAGCCAGGCCCAGGAGGCCCUGGACAGCACCUCCAGCACCCUGAAGGAAAGGAAAGCUGCCAUCAAAGACAUCGCUGGCAAAUUACCCCAGGCUGAGCAGCAGCUCAAGGAGAAAGAGAAUGCUCUGGAGAAGCUGGGAAAGGAGGAAUCCGGGGCCAAGGAUCUCGUGCGAAACCUGCGCCGAAAAGUGGAGGAAGCCAAAAGUUCUCUGGCACAGAGUCGCAGCCGAGGAAAAGUGCUGGAGGCUCUGCUCCAGCAGAAGAAAUGUGGGAACAUCCCUGGCCUCUAUGGAAGGCUGGGAGACCUGGGAGCCAUCGAUGACAAGUACGACGUGGCCAUUUCCUCCUCGUGUGGAGCCUUGGAUCACAUUGUUGUGGACACCAUUGACACUGCCCAGGCCUGUGUGAACUUCCUGAAGGCUGGAGGGAUUGGAGUUGCCACCUUUAUAGCCCUGGACAAGAUGGCUGUGUGGGAAAAGAAAACACAGAAAAUCCCAACUCCAGAGAACGUGCCACGGCUCUUUGACCUGGUGAAGGUGGAGGACCCCAAGGUUCGCCUGGCCUUCUACUUCGCUCUCAGGGACACUCUGGUGGCCAAAAACCUGGAGGAAGCCACCAGAAUAGCAUUCCAAAAGGAGAAAAGGUGGAGGGUGGUGACCCUGCAGGGACAAAUCAUCGAGGUGUCAGGAACCAUGACUGGUGGGGGAGGAAAAGUCAUGAAGGGCAGAAUGGGCUCCUCAGUCGUGAUGGAUAUCUCAGAAGAAGAGAUCAGCAAGAUGGAAUCCCAGCUGCACAGGGAUUCCAAAAGAGCCGCGCAGCGCGAGGAGGAGAAAUCGCAGCUUGAGGAAGCCAUAAGGAAACUGCAGCAGGAGAUCCGGGAGAUGAGGAACACCUCAGAGAAAUACACAGCGAGCAUCCAGGGAUUUUCUGAGCAAGAAAUUGAUCUCAAAAAUCAAAUCAAGGAACUCAAAGCCAACGUCGCUGCUGCCGCUCCAGACAAAACCAAACAGAAGGAGUUGGAAAAAGUCCUUGAUGGUUAUAAAAAAGAUUAUGAGCGUGUGGCUGAGAAGGCCAGGAAGAUGGAGGAGGAGGUGAAGCGGCUGCACCAGCUCAUCAUGGACACCAACAACCAGAAACUGAAGGCUCAGCAGGACAAAAUUGAUAAGAUUGACAAGGAAAUGGAUGAAUGUUCCUCAGCCAUCACCAAGGCCCAGGUGGCAGCCAAGACUGCAGACAGGAACCUGAAGAAAUCCGAGGAGGCUCUGCAGCGCACGGAGAAGGAGAUGGAAGAAAACGAGAAGGAAAUGGAGAAAUUGGCAGCAGAGAUGACAACGCUGGAGGACAAAGCCACCGAGGUGAUGAAGGAGUGCAAGCAGGCUGAGGAAGCUUUGCCAGCAGUGCAGGAGGAGCAGAAGAAUUUACUCCAGGAGAUGAAAAUGAUUCGGGAUGCUGAACAUGCCCUUCAAAGUGAAGCUCUGAGCAUCAAGCUGAAGAUUGAACAAAUUGACAGCCACAUUUCCACCCACCAGGGAAAGGUUAAAUACUGGCAGAAAGAGAUCUCCAAGCUGUCCCUGCACGCCAUCGAGGGCGAGGCCCCCGAGCAGCUGCGGGCGCUGAGCGAGGAGGAGCUGGAGGCGCUGCAGGAGCCGGACGCGCUCAGCAAGAGAAUCGCGCUGCUGGAGGCACAGCGCCACCAGCUCCGCCCCAACCUGGGCGCCAUCGCCGAGUACCGCAGCAAGGAAGAGCUGUACCUGAAGCACGUGGAGGAACUGGACAACAUCACCAGCGAGAGGGACAAAUUCAGAGAGGCCUUUGAACAGCUCAGGAAACAGAGGCUGAAUGAAUUCAUGGCAGGAUUUAAUGUCAUCACCAACAAGCUGAAGGAGAACUACCAGAUGCUCACACUGGGAGGGGACGCUGAGCUGGAGCUCGUGGACAGUCUGGAUCCCUUCUCAGAGGGAAUCAUGUUCAGUGUCCGGCCCCCCAAGAAAAGCUGGAAGAAAAUCUUCAACCUGUCAGGAGGAGAGAAGACCCUGAGCUCGCUGGCCCUGGUGUUUGCCCUGCACCACUACAAACCCACCCCCCUCUACUUCAUGGACGAGAUCGACGCCGCCCUGGACUUCAAGAACGUCUCCAUCGUGGCCUUUUACAUCUACGAGCAAACCAAAAACGCCCAGUUCAUCAUCAUCAGCCUGCGCAACAACAUGUUUGAGAUUGCAGACAGAUUAAUUGGGAUCUAUAAAACCCAGAACACCACCAAAAGCGUGGCCACCAACCCCAAAAUCCUGGCUGUGAAAGGACUGGAGGAACUUGGUCUCCCUGCAUGCAAUGUAGCUGAGAGAUAGGAAGGAAGCAACUUCCAGCCCCAUGGCUGCUGUUUGUUUUUGUCUGAUCUCAUUUUGUAUCAUAGACUUGGUUUUAUAAAUUCUAAAUAAAUAUUUUAAAAUUUGAUCUUGUUCAUAUAAA